CUGAAGCUAUCCUCCUGCCUCAGCCUCCUAAGUAGCUGGGACUACAGAUGGCGAGUAAGCCAUGUGCCACGUAGCACUCUAUGCCAACCUUGAAUGCCAACAGGAAGUCACUGGACAGCAAACUCUUUGAACAUUAUAACUUAGUUGUUGGAGCAACCUGGAAAAGAAGAAAAAAGAAAAGCCAUGGCAAAAGUACACAGAGCUCGGUCUACCUCCCCUCCAGAUGGAGGCUGGGGCUGGAUGAUUGUGGCUGGCUGUUUUCUUGUUACCAUCUGCACCCGGGCGGUCACAAGAUGUAUCUCAAUUUUUUUUGUGGAGUUCCAGACAUACUUCACUCAGGAUUAUGCACAAACGGCAUGGAUCCAUUCCAUUGUAGAUUGUGUGACCAUGCUCUGUGCUCCACUUGGGAGUGUUGUGAGUAACCAUUUAUCCUGUCAAGUGGGAAUCAUGCUAGGUGGCUUGCUUGCAUCUACUGGACUCAUCCUGGGCUCAUUUGCCACAAGUCUGAAGCAUCUCUACCUCACUCUGGGAGUUCUUACAGGUCUUGGAUUUGCACUUUGUUACUCUCCAGCUAUUGCCAUGGUUGGCAAGUACUUCAACAGACGGAAAGCCCUUGCUUAUGGGAUCGCCAUGUCAGGAAGUGGCAUUGGCACCUUCAUCCUGGCUCCUGUGGUUCAGCUCCUUAUUGAACAGUUUUCCUGGCGGGGAGCCUUACUCAUUCUUGGGGGCUUCGUCUUGAAUCUCUGUGUUUGUGGUGCCUUGAUGAGGCCGAUUACUCUUGAAGAAGACCACACAACUCCAGAGCAGAACCAUGUCUGUAGAACUCAGAAAGAAGGCUUGAAGCAGGUGUCUCCGUAUUCAUCUUUGACCAAAGAAUGGGCACAGGCUUGCCUUUGUUGCUGUUUGCAGCAGGAAUAUAGGUUUUUACUGAUAUCAGACUUUGUUGUGCUGGCCAUCUCCAUUCUGUUUAUGGCUUAUGGCUGCAGCCCUCUCUUUGUGUACUUGGUGCCUUAUGCUUUGAGUGUUGGAGUGAGUCAUCAGCAAGCUGCUUUUCUUAUGUCCAUACUUGGAGUGAUUGACAUUAUUGGCAACAUCACAUUUGGAUGGCUGACCAACAGAAGGUGUCUGAAGAAUUACCAGUAUGUUUGCUACCUCUUUGCUGUGGGAAUGGAUGGGCUCUGCUAUCUCUGCCUCCCAAUGCUUCAAAGUCUCCCUCUGCUUGUGCCUUUCUCUUGUACCUUUGGCUACUUUGAUGGUGCCUAUGUGACCUUGAUCCCAGUAGUGACUGCAGAGAUAGUGGGGACCACCUCUUUGUCAUCAGCGCUUGGUGUGGUGUACUUCCUUCACGCAGUGCCGUACUUGGUGAGCCCACCCAUUGCAGGAUGGCUGGUAGAUACAACUGGCAGCUACACUGCGGCAUUCCUCCUUUGUGGAUUUUCAAUGAUAUUUAGCUCUGUGUUGCUUGGCUUUGCUAGACUUGUAAAGAGAAUGAGAAAAACCCAGCUGCAGUUCAUUGCCAAAGAAUCUGAUCCCAAGCUGCAGCUAUGGACCAAUGGAGCAGUGGCUUAUUCUGUGACAAGAGAAUUAGAUCAGAAACAUGGGGAGUCUGUGGCUACAGCAGUGCCUGGUUACAGUCCCACGUGACCAAUGACCUUGAGCCCCAGAAUCUUCAGGUUUGAGAGAGGUAGGGCCACCAGAUUCUUCAUGUUUCUGAAACUUUUUAUUUUGGCAGAAGUAUUACCUUCCAGGGAAAUUAUUAUUGUUUCGUUACCGUAUUAAUAUUUUUAAGGGAAAAUAGCACAUAAUAAAGAAAGCUGGACUAGCCCAGAGGCUUCUCAUUUGGGAUUUGUACUCAUAACUGAACUCCUAUCUUUUGGUCAAUGGGCAUGGCUCUAUAAGAAAUGUAAGGACACAACUGAUAUAAUUAGCUGUAAUUAGGGAUAAUUUCAAGG